AUGGCGUCCUGUCGGCUUCUCUGGCUCACUGCCGUCUGCUUCCUCAGCUCCGCGUGGGCCGAACAGCGGAGGCUCUCAGCAGAAAAUCUGCUGGUCGUUACCGCGGCAACAGAGAAGACAGACGGCUUCAGGCGCUUCGUGAAGACGGCGGCUCAGUUCAACUACAGCCUGAAGGUGCUGGGCCUGGGGGAGGAGUGGAAGGGCGGAGACGUGGCCCGGACGGUGGGCGGAGGUCAGAAGGUCAGGUGGCUGAAGGAGGAGCUGCUGAAGCACUCGGAGGAGCAGCAGCUGGUGGUCAUGUUCGUAGACAGCUACGAUGUGAUCCUGGCGGCCGGUCCAGAUGAGCUGCUGACCCGGUUCUCCUCUCUGGGCCACUGGGUCGUUUUCUCUGCCGAGGGGUUCUGCUGGCCCGACCAGCGCCUGGCCUCCAAGUACCCCCAGGUGCAUUCUGGGAAGCGCUACCUGAACUCUGGAGGAUUCAUCGGGUUCUCCUCGGACCUGGCCGCCAUCGUCCAGCAGUGGAAGUUCAGGGACAACGACGACGACCAGCUGUUCUACACCCGGAUCUACCUGGACCAGAAGCAGAGGACCCGGUUCAACAUGACUCUGGACCACCGAUCCAGGAUCUUCCAGAACCUCAACGGAGCCAUCGACGAGGUCGUCUUGAAGUUUGAGAGGUCAAAGGUCAGAGUGAGGAACGUGGCCUACGACACGCUUCCUGUGGUCAUCCACGGCAACGGACCCACCAAGCUGCAGCUCAACUACCUGGGAAACUACGUCCCAACGGCCUGGACCUACGAACACGGCUGUGGAGGCUGCGACGACGACCUGCUGUUGCUAGGCGACCAACAGGAUGUAGACCUCCCUCUGGUCUUCCUGUCGGUCUUCAUCGAACAUCCGACUCCCUUCCUGGACGAGUUCCUGCAGCGUCUGGUCACCAUGAACUACCCCAAGACUCGGAUCCGCCUCUUCAUCCACAACAACGUGGUGUACCAUGAGCAACACAUCCAGCGGUUCUGGGAGCGCCACAGGGUUCUGUUCCCGGAUGCGGUUCUGGUGGGACCUGAGGAGAACCUGCCGGAGGAGAAGGCCAGAACCAUGGCGAUCGAGGCGUGCCAGAAGAACCCGGGCUGCGAUUACUUCUUCAGCAUCGACUCGGACGUGGCGCUGACCAACCCGGACACGCUGCGGAUCCUCAUGGAGGAGAACAAGUCCGUCAUCGCCCCCAUGCUGUCCAAACACGGCAAACUGUGGAGUAACUUCUGGGGCGCUCUGAGUCCGGACGGGUUCUACUCGCGCUCCGAGGAUUACAUCGAGAUCGUCCAGGGCAAGAGGGUCGGGCUCUGGAACGUCCCCUACAUCACCCAGGUCUACCUGGUGAAGGGCAGCGUCCUGCGGUCCAAACUCUCCCAGGUCAGCCUGUUUGUGGACGAAGGAAUGGACCCGGACAUGGUGUUCUGCAGAACCAUCAGAGACCAGGGCAUCUUCAUGUUCGUCUCCAACCGAGACGAGUUCGGCCGGCUGGUGGCGUCCGCCACCUUCAACACCUCCAGACUCCAUCCGGACAUGUGGCAGAUCUUCGACAACCCGCUGGACUGGAGGGAGAAGUACGUCCACGAGAACUACUCCAAGAUCUUUGAGGAGGCCAGCGGCAUGGUGGAGCAGCCCUGUCCAGAUGUCUACUGGUUCCCGGCCUUCUCUGAAAAGAUGUGUGACCAUCUGGUGGAGACCAUGGAGGACAACGGCCAGUGGUCCGGAGGGUCCCACAAGGACGAGCGUCUGGCCGGCGGCUAUGAGAACGUCCCCACCGUGGACAUCCACAUGAACCAGAUCGGCUUCGAGAAGGAAUGGCUCAAGUUCCUCAAGGAUUACAUCGCCCCCGUCACCGAGAAGCUGUACCCUGGAUACUACCCCAAGGCCCACUCCAUCAUGAACUUUGUGGUCCGGUACCGUCCAAACGAGCAGCCGUCUCUGCGGCCGCAUCACGACUCGUCCACCUUCACCAUCAACAUCGCCCUGAACAGGAAGGGCGUCGACUACCAGGGUGGAGGCUGCAGGUUCCUGCGCUACGACUGUAAGGUGGAGUCUCCCAGGAAGGGCUGGUCCUUCAUGCAUCCCGGCCGCCUCACCCACUACCACGAGGGCCUGCCCACCACCCAGGGCACCCGCUACAUCAUGGUGGCCUUCGUCGACCCCUGA